AUUAAGGAUGAGAUAUUGCAUGUCACCCAAGCGAGAGAUGAGAUCUUGCACGCUGAAGUAGAAUUGUUUGAUUUGUUUUUAUUUUUAAAUACAGAAAUAAACGUGGCACGUGCCACGUGUUCUUCAACUGUCCUCUCAUAGCCACUGAGGCCAAGAACCCAAGCCAACCCGCCUCUUUACUAAAAUCGCGAUGAAGAAUCUUUCGCAACUCGCCACGGGAGAUUUCCCUUUUAAAAGUGAUUACUUCCUUCUCAAUUGAUCCCAUUCUUUUAUUUUUGUUUCCUCCUUUCCAGAACAAGAUUACAAGAGAAGGUAUCCGCAAUCAGUCCGUAAAAAACAAGAGAAGACGAGCGAGGGAAAUUCCCAGAUGAGGUCGAUCGUCUCGCGUUUCAUCCCCUCAAAGUCCUCCAUCUCUCGAUUAUACACAUCAGGUCUGUUAAGAAAUUGGAGGUUACUGUCGACGGAUUCUAAUCGCGUGGAUGAACCUUUUAAAGUAGAGGAAGCAGAGACAGUCAAAGUGCCACCGCCUCCAUCAGAUAAGAAGUUGUUGGUAUUGGGUGGCAACGGCUUUGUUGGUUCGCAUGUUUGCAGAGAGGCUUUAGAGCGAGGCUUGUCUGUUUCUAGUCUUAGCAGAUCUGGAAGGUCAUCAAUACGUGAAUCAUGGGCUGACAAAGUUGUGUGGCAUCAAGGAAACCUUCUUGUACCUGAUUCAUUGAAGGAUGUUAUGAAUGGUGUAACUGCUGUGAUAUCAUGUGUUGGAGGCUUUGGGUCAAACUCUCAUAUGUAUAAGAUCAAUGGAACUGCAAACAUCAAUGCUAUCAGAGCAGCUUCUGAGCAAGGUGUAAAAAGAUUUGUUUAUAUCUCGGCUGCUGAUUUUGGUGUUGCAAAUUAUCUUUUACAAGGCUAUUAUAAGGGAAAGAAAGCUGCUGAAGCGGAGUUGUUUUCAAGAUUUACAUAUGGAGGAGUUGUACUGAGGCCAGGUUUUAUACAUGGGACUCGCCAAGUUGGGAGGAUGAAGGUACCUCUUGGUGUUAUUGGCUCACCACUAGAGAUGAUCCUGCAGCAUGCCAAACCCCUAGGUCGAAUUCCGCUGGUGGGUCCACUUUUCACGCCUCCAGUGAAUGUAACCUCAGUCGCAAAGGUUGCUGUGAGAGCUGCAACAGAUCCAGUGUUUCCUCCCGGCAUUGUUGAUGUGUAUGGUAUCUUUCGCUACAGUAAGCAAGAGUGACCUCUCCCGCAUGAGAAAUCAACACCACCAACUCAAAUGUUGAAAUUUACUCGUCCUUCCCACACAGGGUAGAACGGAUGAUAAUUAUUUUGUUCAUCAGAUUCUAAUCCAUAAUUACAUUGGUCCAUUUUGGUGCGUUGGGUUUUCUUUGGUGUAAAAAUAGUUUUUGCCUAUAAGGUUUGGUUCUUAAAUUGGCUUCCA